CUUCUACUUCUCUGUUUUCCUGAGAGGACAGCUACUUUAUCAGAAUCGGUUGAGAUCAUUUGGGCAUCAAACAUGGGCUCCAAACUCCUCGCCCUCGAGUUGCCGCAAACAAUAACUCUGAGCGCUGUUCCGUGGCUUGCUCUGUAUGGCCUGCUGCUAGCCAUCGCGAUCAAUGUUCUGCGCCAACAACUCCCUCGAAAUAAAUCGGAACCCCCUGUUAUUUUUCACUGGAUUCCUUUCGUUGGCAACGCCGUGUCUUACGGAACAGAUCCAUGCAAAUUCUACAAGGAGUGUAGGAAACAGCAUGGCGACAUCUUUACUUUUAUCCUCUUCGGGAAGAAGAUGACUGUAUAUCUCGGACUGGAAGGCAACGAAUUCAUCCUCAAUGGCAAGCUCGAAAACCUCAACGCCGAGGAGGUCUACUCUCCACUCACCACCCCUGUCUUCGGCCGGGACAUCAUCUACGACUGCCCAAACGCGAAACUAAUGGAGCAGAAGAAAUUCGUCAAGUUCGGCCUUACUCAACACGCUUUGGAGACCUACUGUCCGCUGAUCGAGAAUGAGGUCCUGGGAUAUAUCAAAGGCUCUGCUGCGUUCAAAGGCCGCUCGGGAACCAUGGACGUCCCGUCCGCGAUGGCCCAAAUCACCAUCUUCACAGCCAGCCGAACCCUCCAAGGAGCAGAUGUGCGCAAGAUGUUGACGGGAGAGUUUGCAGAGCUCUACGAUGAGCUGGACCUCGGCUUCAGGCCCAUCAAUUUCAUCUUGCCAUGGGCGCCACUACCGAACAACAAACGACGAGAUGUUGCACGCACCAAAAUAGAGUCUGUCUACAGGAAGAUCAUCAAGGAGCGCAGAGUUUCUGGGCAGAGGGCCGAGGACAAGGAACCCGACAUGAUUUGGCACCUGAUGAGCUGCGCCUACAAGAACGGCCAGCCAGUUCCCGACGACGAGAUUGCCGGCAUGAUGAUCACACUCCUGAUGGCGGGCCAGCACUCGUCCUCGUCCAGCAGCUCCUGGAUCAUGCUCCGCCUGGCUUCGAGGCCUGACAUCGUCGAAGAGCUCUACCAGGAGCAAGUUCGGAACCUCGGCUACGACGGUACCCAGCCAUUCCAAUACUCCGAUAUCGACAAGCUCCCCCUGUUGCAGAACGUCAUCAAGGAGACGCUCCGUGUUCACAGUUCCAUCCACUCGAUUAUGCGGAAGGUCAUGAAGCCAUUGCCGGUGCCCAACACAGAAUAUGUUCUCACCCCAGACCACGUCAUGGUUGCAUCACCGAUUGUCACGCAUCUGAGCGAGGAGUUCUUCCCCAAGGCUGGCGUCUGGGACCCUCACCGCUGGGAAACCCGGGUCGAGGUUGAGGCAGACGAGGGAACGGUAGACUACGGGUACGGAGAGGUCAGCAAGGGAGUCAAAAGCCCAUACUUGCCCUUCGGUGUUGGUCGUCACCGAUGCAUAGGCGAGAAAUUCGCGUACGUCAACCUCUGCACCAUCAUCAGUACCUUCGUCAGGAACUUCAAGUUGAACACUCUUGAUGGGAAAUCACAUGUUCCAAAAACGGACUACGCGUCCCUUUUCUCCAGGCCUGAGGCUCCCGCCUUGAUUCGCUGGGAGCGCCGGUUCCCCGACUCCUCGUAGCGCUGAGGUGCGGGAGGGGCGUCGAGGCUUGAUGGCAAUUAUGCAGUGAGAUAACGGGAGACGAGAUAGAUCAUAAUUCUGAUAGAUAGGCUUCAGUAUUAGACCGAGCGACUUUGAGCUCCAGUAGUUAAAAUAAUGUUUUGUGAGC